AUGGCGCGCCCGGGCGACAUUAUCAUCGGCGAGUCCGGGACCGCGCAGUUCGGGCUCUCCGAUGCCCCGUUUGCGCCGGGCGUCCAGUACAUCACGCAGAUAUACUUCGGGAGCAUCGGGUACUCGGUGCCGGCGUGCUUCGGGGCGGCCGUUGCGCAGCGCGAGAGGGAGGAUCAGACGCGUACGCGUGCAUUUGGUUGUGGAGGUGAAGAGAAUGGAAAUGGAGGGACCCAGGCCCGUACAGGGAGGACGAUCCUUGUCGUUGGGGACGGGAGUCUGCAGCUGACUGUGCAGGAGAUUGGCACGAUGGUGAAGAGGGGGUUGGGGAAUGUUAUCAUAAUAGUCAUCAACAACAGCGGCUACACAAUCGAGCGCGCAAUCCACGGGCCCGAGCAGGGAUACAACGACAUCCCCGCCUGGAACCACCAGCUCCUCCUCCGCGCAUUCGGGGCCCAAAACGGGGAGAGCAACAGCCGCGUCGUCGACACAAAGGAGGGGUUCGAGGACGCCAUUUCCUCGCCGCAAUACACGGCUCUCAACUCGGUUCAGCUCCUGGAGGUCAUCAUGGACAAGAUGGAUGUCCCGUGGCGGCUGCAGGCGCAGAUUGGUUUGGUUCAUGGGCGGGAUGCGAGGAUGGGAUAG